UAUGUAUGUUAGUUUUAAGGUAUUCAUCUAUGGGCCACUAGUUGCCUGAAAUAAAGAUUUUCAUUAAUUCAUUAAUAAGUUACGUACUUAUUGUUUGCAUAUAUCGAGUCAUAAAAAUAAUAAUUCAUUAAUUUUAUGGUAAUCGAUUGUCAUUGUCUGUUCUUCCUUUACAAUUAUAUUAUAUCACAAUAUAUUAAUGUUUUUCUUCGUCUUAAACCUUACCCUAUUGAUAUAAAGUUCAAAAAUGUAUGCAUACUGUUUACAAGAGGUACCUACAAUAAUUGUAUGUUAGUAAUCAGCUUUGUAACUAAUGAACUAUUUACCUAGGUGCCUUCAAGAGAGUAUAAAAUCACUACGUGAUCUGUACGACAUUUGAAGAGCUCAACUGAGUUUCAACUAGUUUCAAGUGAUUGGCAUCAUGAAGGUCGUUUUAUUCGUUAUUAGUUCGCUAGUUACAGCUUAUUCUCAAUGUUCCUUUCCAAACGAGUUAAAACCCGAACUUGGAGACUGUGGCGAGCCACUAUACCUGACGCCAUUCAUUGAUGGUGGUCAAAUUAUGGAAGCAAAGAAGCAAGCACGAGUCCAAAUGACUGACGAAUUCGGUGUCGAGAGCUAUGCAGGCUAUUUCACGGUAAACACAACCUUUGACUCAAACCAGUUCUUCUGGUACUUCCCCAGCAUGCAAGAUAAGAAAACGGCACCUGUAGUAGUAUGGCUGGCGGGUGGCCCUGGAAGUUCGUCGCUUUUUGUUCAGUUCAUGGCAAACGGGCCGGUAAAAAUAGAAAAUGGCUGUUUUGCGCACAGAAAACUCCACUGGGCACUGAAUCAUCACGUGAUCUACAUCGAUAACCCUGUAGGCGUCGGCUUUAGCUUCACUAAGAACCCUAAAGGGUAUUGUACUGAUGAAACACAGGUUGGCGAGGGUCUUUAUUCCACCAUGACUCAGUUCUUGAAACUUUUCCCGGAACUACAGCAAAAUGAAUUCUUCGUCUCUGGUCAAUCUUAUGGCGGCAAAUUUGCUGCCGCUCUCUCUUAUACUAUUCAUAAGAAAAACCCCUUGGCGGAAACAAAGAUAAACCUCAAAGGUAUCGCCGUGGGAAGUGGUUUCUGUGAUCCUGAACGUCAAUUAAAUUACAGUGAAUAUUUAUACCAAAUAGGGCUUAUCGAUAAAAACGCUGCAGUGACUAUGGCUGAGUAUGAAACAAAACUGAUGCAACACAUUAAAAACCAGCAGUUCGUGCAUGCAUUAAUUACAUAUUCAAAAAUGUUCUAUGGAGGUUUCGACAGUUGCGGAAGCUUUUUUCAGAACGUCACAUAUUUAAGCAAUACUUUCAACUUUUUAUAUCCAAGUACCUUUUCUUGGGAAGCCCUAACAUCAGAGUUGCGGGCUGCUAUAACGAAAAGGGAAUUCCGAACAGCCGUUCACGUUGGUGACCAGCCUUUUAACGAAGAGGAAGAAGCGAAGAAAUAUUUGGUAAACAGUAUAAUGCAGUCUGUUGCACCGUGGAUUUCAGAAUUGCUGGAACACUAUCGCGUCUUGUUCUAUAAUGGGCAAGUCGACAUCAUAGUUCCGUAUACUGGAACUGUUAACUUUUUACAACACCUGAAUUUCUCAGGAGCAGAAGAGUAUAAGAAUGCAGCGCGGAAUUUGUGGCGGGUGGAUGGUGAGAUCGUUGGGUACGUGAAGCAAACAGGAAAUUUGACGGAGAUCUUGGUACGGAAUGCUGGACACCUGGUGUACUUUGACCAACCGGAGAGAUUACGGGAUAUGAUCACGCGUUUCACCUACAAUCAACCUUUUUACUUAUCACCAACUGUAAUAAUGAAGGUUGUUCUGUGGAUUAUUUUGCAAAUCAUAGCAUCUUCUCAGUGUCUGCAUCCUUACCCGAAGAUAAACCUGAGCAAAAGGGCCGUUGGAGAUUGCGGUGAGCCUCUGUUGCUUACACCACAUAUUGAAAGUGGUCAAAUAGUCAAAGCCAAGCAGCUAGCGCGAGUUCCAAUUACAGACGACAUGGGCAUCGAGAGCUACGCAGGCUUUUUCACGGUCAACAAAACGUUCGAGUCGAAUCAAUUCUUCUGGUACUUUCCGAGCAUGUCAGCAGAUAAAGAUAAGGCGCCUGUACUGUUAUGGCUGCAGGGUGGCCCCGGAGGCUCAUCCAUGUUCGGCCUUUUUAAGGAAAAUGGACCAAUACGUGUAAAGAACGGCAGUUUUGAGCGUAGAGAAUACCACUGGGCAUUGAAUCACCAUCUCAUUUACAUCGACAAUCCCGUUGGCGCAGGAUUCAGCUUCACUAACCACGAGGAAGGAUAUCUCUCUGAUGAGAUACAAGUCGGUGAGCAGCUCUACUCCACCCUGACUCAGUUCUUCAAGCUGUUUCCAGAACUACGGCAAAAUGAGUUCUUCAUUAGCGGAGAGUCUUAUGCUGGAAAGUACGUCCCAGCCCUAGGGUACACUAUCCAUAAGAAAAAUCCUACAGCGGAAAGCAAAAUAAACCUCAAAGGGUUAGCCAUUGGGAAUGGUUUAACUGAUCCUGUGAACCAGGUUGUCCUUUACAGCGAAUAUUUAUACCAAAUAGGGCUUGUCGAUUUGAACGAACGAAAAACAAUCGAGGGAUAUGAGAACAAAGUUAAGAAGCAUAUAGAAAACAAUGAAUGGGACCAAGCGAGCGAUUUAUUUGACAAUCUUCUCGGGAGAGACAUGAUUGAAGGCAAAAGCUACUUAACUAAUGUGACCGGUUUCAAUUCUUGGUUUAAUUACUUACACACAGAGGACUACGGUGAUGGAGAUGACUUCGAACCCAUGCUACAAAACAGCACUGUUCGGAAAGGCAUCCACGUAGGGCAAGCAUCUUACAACGAAUCAUCAAAGAUAGUAGAAAAACGAUUCAAACUAGAUAUAAUGCAGUCAGUCGCUCCGUGGCUAUCUGAACUACUAAGUCACUACAACUGUCUUAUUUAUAAUGGGCAAGUGGACAUAAUACUAGCGUACCCUUACACAGUCAACUAUCUGCGGAAACUUAACUUUUCUGGUUCAGAGGAAUAUAAAACUGCUAAACGUAAUUUUUGGAAAGUGGACGGGGAGCUAGCUGGGUACGUGAAGCGAGCCGGGAAGCUGGUGGAGAUCCUAGUGAGGAACGCUGGUCACAUGGUGCCAACGGACCAGCCGAAGUGGGCCUGGGACAUGAUUACACGUUUUACACACCAAGUGUCCUAUCUGACUUUGGGCUUUGAAAAAAUGUCGCGUAUACAGUGUGUUAUUUUUGCCUGGUCUUCAUUACUAUAUUUAGUAUGUGGCCUCCUCCAAGACGUCACGGGAUCUCGUGUGCCCGUGACUGACGACACGGGUCCAGGAGAGCCCUUAUUUCUAACGCCAUAUAUCGAGCGAGGCAACAUCAAGGAAGCGAGGCGGCUGGCGCGAGUUACGCUCAACGACAGCUUAAAUAUAGAGAGCUACGCGGGCUUCUUCACCGUCAAUAAGGCCUACGAUUCGAAUCAAUUCUUCUGGUACUUCCCUAGCAUGUCAUCGGACAGAGAUAAGGCUCCCGUGCUCUUGUGGCUGCAAGGUGGUCCGGGCUCGUCUUCCCUGUUUGGUUUAUUUUUAGAAAACGGACCGAUCACAGUCAUGAAUGGGCAAUUCGAGCGCAGGAAAUACCACUGGGCGCUGAAUCACCACCUCAUUUACAUCGACAACCCUGUGGGCGCAGGAUUCAGCUUCACCAAUGAUACACACGGGUAUUGUACAGACGAAACACAGGUUGGUGAACAACUAUAUUCAACCCUAGCACAAUUCUUCCAGCUCUUUCCGGAGCUACAACAAAAUGCUUUUUUCAUCACGGGUGAAUCUUACGCGGGAAAAUAUGUCCCUGCUCUCGCUUACACUAUCAUGAAGAAGGACUCUAAGGCAAAAACUAAAGUAAACCUUAAAGGACUCAUGAUUGGUGGGGCAUGGAUUAAUCCCGACAGUCAGAAACACUACGCGGCAUUUCAUUACUGUGAUGACAGUCACAAUAUUCAAAAACUUAUGAAAGGAAAUCAAAUGUGGACUUUGAAUAGCUUUAAAGAAGAAGAUAAGUAUGUUUCUGUUAUAAAUAAAAACGCUGUAAGAAAAUCUAUCCAUGUCGGGGACUUAUUAUUCUCCUCAUUAAACUCAACUGUGCAUUCAAAAUUGAUGGUUGAUUUAUGUCAAUCCAUGGCUCCCUGGUUGUCGGAAAUAUUAGAACAUUAUCCGGUAUUGCUUUAUGGUGGAGAAUUAGACUCUACAGUACCAUAUGUUGGGAUUGUAGAUUUUUUGCGGAAUCAUUUCAAUUUCACGGGUGCCUCGGAGUACAAGUCUGCGAAGCAGUACGAGUGGAGGGUGGACGGCGAGCCGGCGGGGUGCGUGCGGCGCGCGCGGCUGCUGACGGAGAUCUAUGUUCUGGAUGCCACGCACUACGUGCCUGAAGACCAGCCCAAGCGCGCAUGGGACAUGAUCUCGAGGAUCACGAGCGGGAAGGGCUUUGAUAAGGAGGAAAUUUGCUCAGCAUCAGCAUAAAUACGAGUAGCUGAUGUUAAUCAAACAUUUUCCUACUAUUUUUUGUCUUGUAUAAAUAUUCGUAUUUAAUUGG